GAAUUAUGCAACAUACCCGUGCACUGUGUACGAAUUAAGGUAUGCCCAUGGACCAAGACAGACCAAGAAGACGCGGCAUGUCCUGUACUCCCAGCCUCAUCUACGUCGGAGUUGCAUGUGCUCUCCUUCACCUUACCGACCAGUUUUCUUCCGAGAGCAUCAUAUUGUUCGUCGAUCUCGAGGCUUUAUUGUUAUCCCUUUCCUGCACACAACACGCCUAUCCACCAUUGUUCAUCACCGCCUCUCUCCUUGCAGACGGAUAACAACCAGCACCAAUUCAUAAUCCUUAUACCGCAUUGAGCACUAUAUCCAUUCCCGUGAAAUCUCUGCGCUCGUGGUGAACUCAUCAUCCUCUGGCAGCCUCGUGCCAACCCAUCCCUCCUCGACGACGCCUCCGUGCACACGCUGUCAGGGCUGACUCGUUGGGCACACAUCACCAUCAUGGCCGACUUUGACCAAUUUGGUACCUCCGAAGAGGAGAAUGCCGAGAUCAAGAAGCUGACCCUCGAAGUGGAAGCCGAUACCGACAACUUCGAGUCGUGGGAAAAGCUCAUCCGCGCGUGCGAGGCUCAGGAAGGAGGCCUAAAUCGCAAUUCGAGUCCCCAGGCACUGGCCACACUUCGGGAUAUCUAUGACCGGUUUCUCCUCAAGUUCCCGCUGCUGUUCGGCUACUGGAAGAAGUACGCCGACCUCGAGUUCAAUAUUUCCGGUCCCGAAUCUGCUGAGAUGAUCUACGAGCGUGGUUGUGCGAGCAUAACAAAUUGCGUCGACCUAUGGACCUCGUACUGUUCGUUCAAGAUGGAGACCACCCACACCCCCCAUCUGGUUAGAGAGCUCUUCGAGCGGGCCGCAACUUGUGUCGGCCUCGACUUCCUCGCUCACCUCUUCUGGGACAAGUACAUCGAGUACGAAGAGAGGCAGGAGGCCCAGGACAAGAUCUUCGCCAUCCUGCAGCGAGUGAUUCAUAUCCCGAUGCACCAGUAUGCUCGUUACUUCGAGCGCUUCCGCCAACUCGCGCACGCCCGCCCCAUCAAGGAGCUGGUGCCGGCCGACACGCUCACGCGCCUCCGAGCCGAAGUGGAAGCUGAGAGCGCCGCGUACGGCACGGCGCCGCGGGCCGAGCUCGAAGUGGAGCGAGACAUCCGUGCGAAAAUCGAUACGAUGUUCUACGAGACCUUCCAAAAGACGCAGGAAGAGACGACCAAACGGUGGACCUAUGAGUCGGAGAUCAAAAGGCCCUACUUCCACGUCACCGAGUUGGAAAAUUCGCAGCUGGCGAAUUGGCGCAAGUACCUGGAUUUCGAGGAGGCGGAGCACGACUUUGCCAGGAUCGCGUUCCUCUACGAGCGCUGCAUCGUCACAUGCGCCCUCUACGACGAAUUCUGGUUCCGAUACGCCCGAUGGAUGUCGGCCCAACCCGGCAAGGAGGAGGAAGUGCGGCACAUUUACAUGAGAGCUGCUACCAUCUUCGUGCCUAUCAGCCGACCGGGCAUCCGCCUUCAGUUUGCCUACUUUGAGGAGUCGUGCGGUCGCGUGGGCGUCGCCCGAGACAUCCACGAGGUCGUGCUAGCGCAGCUUCCCGACUGCGUCGAGGCGAUCGUGUCGUGGGCGAACCUCGAGAGACGACAGAGCGGGCUUGACGCCGCCAUCCAGGUCUACAAGGCGCAGAUCGACGCGCCGCCGAUCGACAUCUUCACGAAGGCGGUCUUGGUCACCCGAUGGGCUUUCCUGCUGUGGAAGAUCAAGGGCUCGGUCGAGGAGGCGAGGACGGUGUUCUCGAAGAACGUCCAGUGGUACGCCGACAGCCGCCACUUCUGGGAGAAGUGGCUCGAGUUUGAGCUGGAGCAGCCCACGGGGGCCGAGGUCGAGUCGGAGCACGCCGAGCGGAUAAAGCACAUCUUCGACGAGCUGCUGGCGAAGAGCCGGAUCUCGUCGGCGGCCAAGAAGGAGCUGUUCUUGACGUACCUUACUUACCUGCAAGAGAGGGGCGGCGCGGAAGCGAUGAAGCAGUUCCUCGUCGUCGACCGCGAGAUCUACGGGCCUACUUCUCUGUCCAAGCUCGAUGAGGCGGCCGUUAAGGAAAACGGAGUGUCGAAGACUCCGCUCGACGACGCGACGCGAGCCAAGGCCGAGAGUCGGUAUCCGGCGUACUUUGAGUACUACACGGAGGCAGACUCGGGUGCGCAAGGCACCGCAUCGUUCCAAUAAGUAACGAGACAGGACGAUGUACAUGUAUCAUACUCGGUUUAAUUUCGCGUCUCCGGUGUGCGUAUCUGACAUGCAGGCGGCGGUAGCGGGGAAGCAGACGAGGGAUUCGACGGUUGGGCAUGAGGGUAGUAUGGAGGGGUCUGAUAUGAAGGUGUCUGUGUGCGUGUGUGCGUGUGCGUGUGUGUGUCGUGUGCGUGUGUGCGUGUGCGUGUGUCGGCCUGCUGUUGUGUAUAAUGACUUUGGGGGGACGCCGGAGCUGCCACAGGUGGGCGGUCUGACUGCUUACGAAAGAAAAAAGUACGAGACCAUACAUAGAUGGGAGAGGAAGAAGCGAAGGGGGCGGCUCCAGUUACGCGCGCACUCUCUACGAUCGACUGGCAGGGAUUCAGAUCGAUCCGUUGACCGAUCCGAUCCGACUGCCCCGUCCAUUAAUGAAUACAAACUCCCGUUUCAUUUCCUGCGAGAGAAGCGGCGGCCAUCGAUGAGAGAGACGUGCGCCACCGUACUCUUCUGUCUCUCUGCGUCCAUGCCGUGUAUGUUAGGCAUCUACCUA